UGCAUUACUGAAUUUCCAUUUCUAUAAAGUGCAUCCAUUUGUAACAUUUCAUUUCAUCAAACCAAGUUAUAUCAAUCGAUGCUUUCUUAGCCUUUCAUUCCUCUUUCAAUUCUAGUCCGUUUUGCACCCAUAAAACCCACCCACUUUUUCUUAACAAAUGCUUUAGCUGAUAUAAGAGCAGUUUCCGUUUACUGAAAAAUCUGUGUGUGUGUGUGUGUGUGUGUGCGAGAGAGAGAGAGAGAGAGAGAGAGAGAGAGAGAGAGAGAGAGAGAGAGAGAGAGAGAGAGAUGGCUCAUGGUGCUGUUGGUUCUCUUAAGCUAACAAUUGAGCGCCUAAAAAAUUCCUCCUAUAUUUCGAUUGUUCAAAAUUCAUCCCCAAAAAUAAUAAAGCUUUUGUACAAAGAGGUUUGUUCCUUCCAAGAUGCUCUCGAAGAAUUCGAUGAAAGGAGAAACACCAUUAACAUGAAGAUGGUGAAAAUUUUGGAGGCAGAAAUCAUGGAUGUUGUAUACCAAUUUGAAGAUGUAAUAGAAUCUUACGUAUUAGAUCAGAUUCAUUCACAGUCCGAAGAAAGCCAUCAUGGAGAUCAGAUUCAUCCUCCAUCAAUGUUAUUCUCAGUAGACCUGCAAGAACUAAAGCAAGAUGUCGAUUCCUUUAUCAAAACGGUGAAAAAGAUGAAGAGGGCCUACAUCCACGAGUUACGCAACCCUUCACCCGAAGAAGAAGAAGAAGAUGAUGAUGUUGUCACGUCAAGAAUUAAUUUUGGUGGAAAUCAUGAGCCGAUGAUUGGAUUUUCAGAACACUUUAUUGAACUCAGAGAUUUAUUCACGAACAACUACGAAGAUCCUUCACGGAUGAUUUUCUCCCUCGAUGGGAUGGCGGGCAUUGGUAAGACCACUCUUGCCACGAAACUCUUUCAAGAUCCAUCAAUUGUGAGUUGUUACACCAGACGUGCGUUUGUCACCAUAGGCCCGAAGUAUCUUUUAAAAAACGUCUUGCUGCAUAUUUUAGUACAAUUGAAUCCUUCUCUUCAAAUAAGUGAUGUCGAUGGAGAAACGUUGGCCAUGUUGAAAAGGAUGGUGCGCAACAGUUUAAAGCAUCAGAGAUACUUCAUCGUGCUAGAUGAUAUAUGGGAUGAAAAGCUCUGUUCUGCCUUGAAGAAAUUAUUUCCAGACGACGAUAAUCGAAGUUUGGUACUGAUGACAACCAGGAUAGGCGAUGCAGCUGAUAUUGCACAUGAUUGUCGGUAUGAUUUACCCCUCCUUGAUAAGAAAGAAAGUUGGGUUCUUCUCCGUCAGAAAGUAUUCGGUCAAGAAGCAUGUUCCUUUGAACUCGAGAAAGCUGGAAAGAAGAUUGCAGAGAAUUGUGAAGGUCUUCCUCUUACAAUCGUCACAGUUGCCAACAUCCUAUCCAAAUCCGAAAAAACAACGGAGUACUGGAACAAGGUAUCGGAUGAAAAAGAUUCGAUUUACUACGAUGCAUAUGAUCAAAUGUCAAAGGUAUUACUUCCAAGCUAUAACUAUUUAGAUCAACGUUUGAAAGCAUGCUUUCUCUACAUGGGAAUUUAUCCUCAACGUUAUAAGAUACUUUUUAUAGAGUUAUUCGGCUUACAUAGCUUGUGGAAUGCAGAAGGAAUUGUCUACUCUGCUGAACAAUUUCGUGAAAAAGUUUCUCAGUUAAAAAUGGUCGAGAUGUUUGAUUUAGACCCUUGUAGUUAUUAUAUUCUUGAGCUUUCUCUAAAAAAUCUUAUUAUACAUGACGGAGAAAAAUCAUGUUAUUCCCUUCAUUCAUCCUUUUGGUACAUGUGUAACAAAGAAGCUGUCAAGAACAAGUUUUUCUAUGCCUUCAAUUGUUCUGCUGGUGCUUUACCAGAAGAAGAUCUAAUCUACCAGCGCCGACUGUGCAUGCAAAAUAACGUUCUACUUGCCAUACAAGAUGUGCAAGACUCAAUUACCUCAGCUUCAAUGGUACGCUCUCUCCUCUGUACUGGUAAUUUUCAUGAAUAUCCAGUACCAUUGUGUUUGGAAAAAUUAAGGUUGCUCAGAGUAGUGCACGCUGUUACAAUCAGAUUCUACGAAUUCCCAAUGGAAGUAUUAAAAUUAGUUCAACUAAGAUACCUUUCCCUCACUUUUAAUGGAAACAUCCCUUCGUCCAUAUCCAAACUCUGGAACCUUCAGUGGUUGAUCAUCGGUCAAAAACUGAUUGUUGAAAACAAAUCAUCAUGUAAUAUGCCAAUGGAGAUAUGGGAUAUGAAAGAGUUGAAGAAACUUGAUGUUGGGGGAAAAAAACUAUCAGAUCCUCGUGAAGGAUCUUUCUUACCAAACCUUUUAGGACUUCAUGGCCUGCAUCAUCAAAGUUGUACCAAAGAUGUUUUUGGGAAAAUCCCUAAUCUAAUGGAGUUAUCUAUCGUAAUUAGUUCGUCUCAUGAUAAUGGUGAUCAACCCUUGAGCUGCUUUGAUCAUGUUUCCCAUCUACAUAAACUACAAUCACUAGCAUGUAUCAUUCAAAACCCUACAUUCGAGGCUGAGGUUGUUGCCCCACUUGCUCCUCUUUCAUACUUGCCGUCAAGUCUUACAAAGUUAUAUUUGAGCGGCUUAGGUUAUCCGUGGGAAGAAAUGAGCAAGAUUUCUUCAUUGCCGAAUCUUACACAUCUCUACUUGAAAUUCUAUGCCUUUCGAGGCCGAAAGUGGGAGGUCCGUGACGAUGAAUUCCAAAGGCUCGUGUAUCUUGAGAUUGAAGACAGUGAUCUGGUGCAAUGGACAUUUCAAAAUGAUCGAUGCAUCCCUAAUAUUCGUGUUCUUCGCAUCUUACAUUGCUACAAGUUAAAAGAGAUGCCUCUGAUGUUUGGGGCAUCACUUAUAGCCGUUAGCGUCGUCGACUGCAGCCCUAUGGCUGUGAAUUGUGCAAACAAGUUACAACAAGAUUGGGACGACAAAUAUGAGAAAGAUAAAGGUUCAGUGGAGUUUUAUGUCCAUUCUUCAUGGGAUGAUGGGAGCAUCAGUCAUGAUUCACCAUAUUGAUUCUUCACAAGGUGAGGCAUGUGAUUCCACGGAUGCUUAGGCGGACCGGUUGAGACUGUCGGAGUCAUGUCAUAGUAUGCGACGAGUUGCGUUGUAGUCUCUCUGCUUUGUGACCGUUCAUUUUAUGUGGUUUUUUUUUUUGGUUGUCAGAUGUUGGACUUUAUAAAAAUGUAUCAUUUCUACAUUCGGGUUUUCGGUUAUUGUUGGGACCAAUGUUUAUGUAUGUGUAAGGGCUUCAUUCUAUUCAGCCCAGGGUUUCGUG